AUGUCCAUCAAGGAAGGUUAUCUGAAAAAGUGGUCAGAUCGUAAAAAUUGGCACAAUGUGUACUGUAAGCUGUUAAAUAAUGGUUGGUUUCAAUGGUUUGAUGAUGCAUCUUCCACCUCACCCAAACGAAGUGUUGAAAUUAGACGUGUAGCAUCGUUUCUAGCGUUUGGAGAACCUUUUCACCGUGUUCCAUGCAACCAGACCUCAUUAACAGCUUCAGAAAUUCCUUUGGCUUUUGGUGUUCUCUACGGACCUCAUAUGGGGAAUCAAAUGGCUUGGUUUGCCUGUCCGGAUCAAGCAACAUUGAGCUCAUGGACAAAUGCGUUAAUUUCAUUGUUUCAGCAAACUUCAACACUUCCAUCUGCCCCUCCACCAUAUCAACCUUCACCGGCACCAGCUCUACCUACAGGAUCAAUCGGUUUUGGAAUGCCUGAUCCAACUGCUUAUGGUGGAAAUCCUGGUGGUUAUGGGCCUCCUCCCCCGAUUAGUCAACCCAAUUAUGGAUACCCAACUAAUAAUUAUGUUCCACCAACAGUACCCCCUGCACGACCACCAGCAUCAGGUGCUUAUGUGCCUGGGACAAGUUCUUAUAGUGGUUAUCAACCACGUCCACAAGAUCCACAAAGUCAAUAUUUUGUCGGGCAAAAUGGCCAACCAUAUCAAGUGGUCUAUGUAGAUGGUAAACCGAAAAAGAAGAAAUAUAAAGGAUUGAAAAAUGCAGCAGUUGGUCUCGCUUCAGGAGUAGCUGGUGGUUAUUUGGCAAGUCGUCUAUUCGGUGGUUUGGGUGGUUGGGGUGGUGGAUUUAUGGGUCCAAGAUGUGGCAGUUGGAGUUCAUUGUCUAGUCUCAGUUGGUCUGAUUAA